AUGGACAACUUCUCGGACCAAACUCUCAAAAAGGAGAUCAAAAAGGAAAUCGAAGAGUUUUACGAGGAAAACGAGCGAAUGAGAAACAUGGUCCUCUACCACAGGCAGAUCCUGAACGCGGCCGAGGGAUUCGGCGAGGAUAUCGCUAUGGUAUAGCUUUUAACUUUGAUUGUUUUAAGGUAGACUUUGGGAUUAGUGUUUCUAUUGUAAGAUAGUAAGAUGAAGAUAGAUUUUUUUGUACUGUGUUAAAAUGAAACUUCUUUAGUAUGACCGUGAGUGGUAUGACACCCUCUUUAUAAUGAUAGCUUUUUGGCAGUUAUUUGUAAUAAACCUCUUAUCAAAAAUGACUUGGAUAGUGUUACACCUUGGUUUUAAUGACAUUUUGGUCUAGUCUUCUGAGUGUCAUAUUAAAAAGGGUAGACUAAGUUUUGGUAAUUCAGCUUUAUCUUUUUUUAUGUGUUAUAACAUAAUCAUCAUAAUUUAUAACGAAUAUCAUUGUAAAUUAUAGACUGAUGCCGAGACGGGUGAAACAUUAAGCUUCAAAGAACUUCGUCGACGAGUCUUUAUAUUGGCCAAAGAGUUACAUGAGGUUUACAAUGUAGACAAAGGUGAUAUUGUCAUUGGAUUUACUCCAAAUUCUAUCCAUUACCCGAUAUUCUUCUUGGCCGCUGCUUUAUUGGGCGCUUCGUUGACUGGUGUAAAUCCGGAGUUUAAUUCUGGUAGGUUGUGGUCAUUUUGAUGGUUUAUAAUAUUAUAGGUUUUUAUUUUUUGGAAGUUUGUAGGCCAAAGAUAUGGUUACACUUAUUUUACUUGAUAUGGUUACACGUAUUUUACUUUGUAAUAACUUUAAAUUUUUAGAUGAACUAGGAUUUUACACUCGAAAAACCAAAUGUAAAUGCGUUUUUACAACGGCCGAACUAUUGGAAAGGGUUGUGCAGGCUACUGCUUCUGCUCCGGUAACUUUUUUUUUAGAUUUUAAAUUUAAAAUUUUGACUUUUUUUAAUUGUACAAUGGUUUAGUUUAACAAUAAAAAGACCAAUACAAUAGUUUCGAGCAGUAAGUACUAUACAUUUUAGCUACCGAUCUUUGUAAUUGGAAAGUUGGCUGGACAGCUUGGAAUCGACCUGGAGCGACUCUUACAAAGUGCUCCAGUUUGUGAGGAUAUGGAGAAUGACAAAGGCUUGAAUGUGGAUCACGUACUACUUACUCCCUUAAGCAGUGGUACUACUGGUACUCCGAAAUGUGUCAUGUUGACUCACAGGAACUUUAUUGUUCAGACCGAGAUCUUGAAAGAGUAUGUUUUUGAUUUUAAAUUUUUAAAAAUAUUUUUUUGUCGUUAAAAAUGUAAAAUACGGUAGCUCCUUUAGUUUUUUAGGUAUAAAAAUACAAAAAAUAGUGUUAAAAAUAAAGCUAAUUUCAUUACUUUAGGGCAGUUUUUGAUAAACUGACAGAAACUGGAGGACGUCGUUCGACUAUUGGAGUACUUCCAUUUUACCAUGCUAGCGGAUUCUGGGCUUUAUGCUACUGUUUACUAGCUGGACAUCAUACGGUGGUUAUGCAAAAAUUUCAAGCACCACUUUUGUUGAGCUGCAUUGAGGAUUACAAGGUAAGCAUUCACUUUUUAGUAUCGCAUUGAGCGUAAACUUUGUUUUGUCAAUUCUCAAUGAGCACAUAGGGUUUCUAAGGUACUAUUUUAUUAUUAUAUUACUGUAUUUACUGGUACUAUGCUUUACCUAUAUGCAAUGGUACUGUGCUUUACCUAGUUGUAGUGAUCUUGCGCGUUAACUGUAGUAUAAUUCAAGGUAGACUCACUCAACCUGAUCCCCUCAAUCAUAACUUUUCUAAUGAAAAACGAUGCUUUGGUAAAAGAGUUUGAUUUGAGUUCAGUACGAACUGUACUGUGUGGAAGUGCACCAUUGUCACCAGGAAUGACUCAAGAUUUUAUGGAACGAUUUCCUCAUGUAGUCAACUUUGUUCAUGGUAAUGUCAUUUUACUGGUAAAACUCGGAAAUUAAAAUUUUUUUAUAGAUAUGAAAGUUUCAAGUAUCAAAAAGUUGGUUUAUAUAGCUUUAGAGAUAUUGUAGUAAAUAGAUUAGUUCUUGUAUAUUACUACCUUAUUUCGUAGUAUAUUUUUACUACUAGAUAUUAUUUUUAACCAUUAUCUUUCGAUUGCUCUAAAUUUACGUGCCUUUUAGUUUCAGGCUACGGGAUGACAGAGAUUGUAGCGUUGAGUCAUCUCAGUCCGUUGGAUCUUCCUCUAUCAGACCUAAAACAUAUGACAUCGUGUGGGAAGUUGUUACCAAGAUUCGAAAGCAAAGUAGUUGACAUUGAGACUGGAGAAGAGAUUGUGGAGCCACACAAACGAGGAGAGCUCUACUUGAGAUCAGAGUGUGUUAUGAAAGGAUAUCUGAAUGAUCCAAAGGCUACAGAAGAAACUAUCGACAGUGAGAAGUGGAUGCACACAGGUAUGAUUAUAAUUAGGCUUACUAGGUCUAGCUUGGCCCCUUUACAGGCCUACCUUAUACUGAUGAUUUAUAUUGUAUACGUUAAAAAUUUUAAAUAUAGGCGACAUUGUGUACUUCGAUUCUGAAGGCUUUUAUUUCAUCGUAGAUCGUAUUAAGAACUUGAUCAAAGUCAAUGGAAUGCAGUUGUCACCUUUGGAAUUGGUAAGCUUCAGAAGCCUUAUAUACGUCUUAUGGUAAAAUAAUUUUACUGUUAGGUUGUUCAAAUAAUUCUGUGCCCUGUAAUUCUAAAAACUUUUUCUGACAGUGACGCUUACCAACAAAGAGGCACAGGAUUCAUUGAACAACCUAAUAUUUAAAAAAUACGAAGCAAUGAAAUUUGUUUUAGGAGUCACUGUUACUCAGUAAUGACAUUGUUGCUGAAGCAGCAGUAAUUGGAGUGCCAGCUGAUUCCUUUGGCGAGGUGCCUAGAGCUUUUGUUGUUUUGAAUUAUGUGCCUGAUGACGUUCAAGAACUCACUGACAAACUGAGGGAGUCUGUUAACGGUAGGAUAUAAUGAUAGGCCAUUUUUUAUAAUUAUUGUUUCGUAUUUUACAUUUUUAAAUCAUUUUAUUAUUACCAUUAUUUUACAAAUUUCCAGCCCAAGUAGCAUCGUACAAACACCUUCGUGGUGGACUGGUUAUUCUGCCAAGUCUACCUCGCACAGCCUCGGGCAAAGUUCAAAAAGAGGAAUUGAGACGGUUUUCCCUAACUAGUCCUCUACUUUUGCCACAAAUUACUGAAACUCUGGUCGAUUUGAAGCUAUCUGAACAGGAAAAGACUCCGACCACAGACGAAGCCAAAGAGAUUGUCAAAACAAACGAAUUGGUCGACGAUGAGGACGAAACCUUUUUAUAA